AAUCCAGUAGGGUUUCGUGAGAGCCACCUUCGGCCACAACACCAGCCCGCGGGCUGGAUCUCUAGUAGUCUGGUACUGUACAAUUUAGCAAUUUAGUACCUGAUCGCAGAAUCUUAGUUGGCUGGAUCUGUAGGGAAGCAAUUUAGGAUAUCUGUGACUGCGAGGUAGAGCAAGGGAGGCGGUCAGAUCGGGAUUUUCUUCCCAUUAUCGGCAGCCAUGUAUCGUUCAGGUGGCUCCCGUUAUGGCAGCGACUACAGGGGAGGCGGAGGCGGUGGAUACCAGACUUCCUCCCGUCUGUACGUCGGUCGCCUCUCGCAGCGGACGCGCACUCGCGAUCUCGAGUCCCUAUUCGGCAAAUACGGAAGGUGAGGUUUCUGGUUUUUGUUUUUGUUUUCUAAUUGAUUUGGUUUCUCGCCGUGUUGGGUUUCGACAAGUGAGAGGAUCGAUUAAGAUGUUUCGAUCUAUUGAGAUACGACGUGUAUGUACGUACUGGAGAAGGGGUCCCUUGAGUCGUUGAUUUCGUUUCUUCCCGCAAUUACCAGUGACCUCCAUUCUUAUCAUUUACCUACAACCAACCUCAACCCCUCCUACCUUCAACCUUUCUGGUUUUCAAAUCGUUCGCUCGCCGGUGGGUGCGUCCUGGCGGUUGGUCCCGUAGCGUCGGGUGAGAUGCGCGUGCGUCGCUUCGUGGUGCAUGUCUCGCAUGGUGCUCGCUAGCUUUCCCGUGCUGCUUCGCGUUGUCGGUGGUUGCGAUCGAUUUCCCGCUGAACGAGAUGUGAAAGAGAGCUCUUGCGCUGACGUGUUCUGCCACGAUUCGUCGCGGCGAUCGGGGUGCAUUCGCGGACAAAAAUCGCAAUGAUGACGCUCGCGCGUGCCGCGCGGGGUGGUCGCCGUCGUAUGCGCGUGGCGGUCGGUUUCGCGCGUCCCGCGGGCUUCCGCGUUCUUGCGAUCUUGCUUCUUUGCGGGGAUGCGUAGCGCUUAUCGGGUCGAUGCGUAUUAACGGGGGUGUCGCGCGCGGGGUAAAGCGCGGUUUCGCGCGGUUUCGUGGUGUUCCGCCUGUGUGCGUGCUCAACGCCGUUCUGGGACUCGAUGGACUCAUCAAGUGCGGUAUGGUGCGGUAUGGUGCCUGCUUUAGUCUUUUGGUGUGGUGUGUGAGGUUCUGAUAGGUUCUGAUGGGUUCUGAUGGUUUCGUUAGCCAUGAUGGUCGGCCUGCUUGCACUGUCCUGACGGGUUGGCCUCAUGCGGUUUGGAUCAGUGCUGCCUUUUGAUUAUUAAUCAUCUGCCCCUUCUUGCCUCUCGCUUUUCCGGCUGCGUUGUUAAUCCUCUCUCCACACUCUCCCCUCUCUUGCUUUCCUCGUGUGUGCCCGCUUCCUCCUCUCUGUCUCCGUGAUUCUCUCCCUCUCCCGCGUUCUCUUCCUUGCAGGAUUCGUGACGUCGACAUGAAGCGUGACUACGCGUUCAUUGAGUUUAGCGACGUGAGGGACGCCGAGGACGCGGCGCACUAUUUGAACGGCAAGGACGUGGACGGCAGCCACAUCAUCGUGGAGUUUACCCGCAGGGGCCCACGGGGACAGGGCUUCGCAGGUCCGCCUAUGGGCGGCCCCCGCAUGGGGGGAAUCACCCAGGGGCGGUGCUACAACUGCGGCAAGGACGGGCACUGGGCGCGGGACUGCCGCAACGGCGACUGGGGCGGCAAGUGCUACCGGUGCGGGGAGCGCGGACACAUCGAGAGGGACUGCAGGAACAGCCCGGCUCAGAGGUAUCGGUCUCGCAGCCGCAGCCGUUCACGCAGCCCUCGUCGUGGGCGUGACCGCCGCAGCCGCAGCAACAGCAAGGACAGGGAGGAGCGCAGCAAGAGCCGCAGCAGGAGCAGGAGCCGGAGCCGCAGCAGGAGCAACGACCGCGACAAGGACCGCAGCCGGAGCAGGAGCAACGAGCGUGUGAAGGACCGCAGCAGGAGCAGGAGCAGGAGCAAUGAUCGUGCCAAGGAUCGCAGCCGGAGCAGGAGCAGGAGCAACGAGCGCGGGAAGGAUGGGGAGAAUGGCAAGAAGGCUGGCAGCCGCAGCCCCUCCCGCAGCAGGAGCAGGAGCAGGAGUGCGAGCAAGGAGAGGAAGAACAGUCGGAGCCCUAGUGCUGAGAAGAAGGACGAGAAGAGUCCCAGGCGCAGCAGUCGCAGUCCCAGCAAGGAAAGGAGCAAGAGCAGGAGCAAGAGUAGGAGCCCGAGGAGGAGUGCCAGCCCUAGGAAUGAGGAUGGCGGGUCACCCAAGAGGUCCCCGAUGCAGGAUGAUGGGGCGAGGAGUCCAGGAAAGGGGGACGACGAGGGAAAGGAUGGAGAUGAGUGAAAUAUGUGGACUCGGGGUGUGUUGGCGAAGCGUAUAUGGUGUCAUUGUUUGACUCUCAACGCAUAACUUGAUAUGACAUCUCGGUUAUUUUGUUUGUUUUUACCUUCCGUCUCAAAUUACAAGGCCUU